AUGUGUCUGGUUGUGAUGUCCAAAGUUGAGAAAGAGAAAAUCCUCAAGGAGUGCCACGACAACCCAGGUUUAGAGGGCGAUGUGGACCUCCAGGUCCUGCUGGUGGGGGGAAAGCUGAUGAAAGUAAAGUCUUCCUCUUGGAAAAAGGUCCGAAUGUACAAGCUGCAUGAUGACUACGUGACCGUAUGGCAAGAGUCACACAGGAUCUUCAAGAGAAAACAGAACUUUUCCAUUGAUGACGUAGACUCUGUGCGUAAGGGCCGUCAGUCGGAGGGUCUUCAGAAGCACACAGAGGCCCACGUGGAGGACCUCUGUUUCUCCAUCUUCUUUAAGGGCCGCAGGAGGAACCUGGACCUGGUGGCGACCUCGGUGGAGGAGGCUAGGCAGUGGGUCAACGGUCUGGAGAAGAUCCUCUCUAACAUGAAGAAACUCAACCGCCAGCAGACGAGCGAGCACUGGAUCUUCAACUGUAUGAGGAAAGCAGACAAGAACAAUGACAACAUGAUGACUCUGAAGGAGCUGAAACACUUCCUCCGACAGAUCAACAUCGAGGUGGACGACGCCUACGCUAAAUUGCUGUUUACAAAAUGUGACACGUCAAACUCUGGCACCCUGGAGGGUGCUGAAAUCAAACACUUCUAUGACCUGUUGACUCACCGGGAGGAGAUCGAUGUGAUCUACAAGAAGCACGCCACCACGGGGGGGCAGAUGAGCGCCGAUGACCUGCUCAACUUCCUGCUGAAUGAGCAGCGUGAGGUGGCCACCUUGGAGGACGCUUUAAGACUCAUAGAGAAAUACGAGCUGGACGACUCAGCAAAGCAUAUGAAUCACAUGACCAAAGAUGGCUUCCUGAUGUACAUGCAACAGGAGGAGGGGUCUAUCUUCAACCCCGCCCACAAGAAGGUGUUCCAGGAUAUGAGCCAGCCAAUCAACCACUACUUUAUCAGCUCUUCCCACAACACCUACCUGAUGGAAGACCAGCUCAAAGGCCCCAGCAGCACAGAGGCCUAUAUCAAGGCCCUGAUGAAGAGUUGUCGCUGUGUGGAGUUAGACUGUUGGGACGGGGCCCAGGGGGAGCCAGUCAUCUACCACGGCCACACCCUCACCUCCAAGGUCCUGUUUAAAGACGUCAUCAAGGCCAUCAAGGAGUAUGCCUUCAAGACAUCAGAGUACCCAGUGAUCCUGUCCCUGGAGAACCACUGUACCUUGGAGCAGCAGAAACUGAUGGCCAAGCACAUGAUCUCCAUCCUGGGCAGCGCCCUGCUCACUUCUCCCCUGGAGGACCAGAUGCCCACUGCCUUCCCCUCACCCCAGGAGUUGAAGGGUCGGUUCAUCAUCAAGGGGAAACGUCUGAACAAGCUGGAUGCCGUCUUCAGCGGUACUAGUCCUGGAGUAGAGGAAGACUGUGUCUCAGAGGAGGACGAGGCUGCAGAGACCAACUCCAACGGACAGAAGGCCAAAGCCAAGAAGUCAAAGAUCAAGCUUGCCAAGCAGCUGUCUGACCUGGUGAUCUACUGUAAGAGUGUCCACUUCUCAGGGUUUGAGCACGCUAAAGACACCCAGGCCUUCUAUGAGAUGUCCUCCUUUAAAGAGAGCAAGGCUGUUAACCUGGCCGAGACAGCAGCUAAAGCCUUUAUCCAACACAACAUGACCAAGCUGAGCCGUAUCUACCCAGCGGGCUCCAGAACAGCCUCCUCCAACUACAACCCAGUUCCCCUGUGGAACGCAGGCUGUCAGAUAGUGGCGCUGAACUUCCAGACUCCCUCUAAGGAGAUGGACCUGAACCAGGGCCGGUUCCGAUCCAACGGGCUGAGUGGAUACGUCCUGAAGCCUGAAUUCCAGAGAGACCCUGGGUCAGAGUUCAAUCCUAUGACCCUAACCAAGGGACCCUGGAUCAAACGCCAGGCCUUCCACAUCAUGGUGAUCUCAGCCCAGCAACUGCCCAAGCUAAACAAGGACAAGCCUAAAUCCAUCGUGGACCCACUGGUUAAAGUGGAGAUCUACGGUGUUCCACGUGACACGUGCAGCAAGGAGACACGCUCCAUCGAGAACAACGGUUUUAACCCCAUGUGGAAUGAGACGUUCCAGUUUGACAUCCAGGUACCAGAGCUGGCCAUGUUGCGCUUCCUGGUCGAAGACUAUGACGCUACCUCACAGAACGACCUGAUUGGACAUUACUGCCUGCCACUGACCAGUCUACAGAACGGUUACCGCCACGUCCCUCUGCUCACCAAGCGUGGUGAUGUCAUCCCCUCCGCCGGCCUGUUUGUUCACCUCAUGCUGCUGGACGCCAAAUAG